AUGGAUGAUCCACGAUUUAAUGACAUAUUUAAUGAAGAUUUCGAUGGUAAUUUUGAUAAUGUAAUGAACCGCAUUGUAGACCAAAUUAAUUAUCCUAGUUGUGAAGGUAGUGGUGCUUCAGUUGAUGGUGCCGGAGAUGAUAGUAAUGGAAACGACUCCGACGACAGUAAUGACGAUGAUGAUGACGACGACGUUGACGAUGACAGUGAUGGGAUGCGUUGGUUGUCGGAGGUUUUAAGAGGUCAUUGGAAACGAAGUGUUAACAUGUUCAGGAUGGACGCAACCACUUUGUUGAGUUUGUGCACCGAAUUAGAAACGCACCAUGGCUUAAAACCGUCAAGAAAAAUGAGCGUUAUUGAAAAGGUGUUAAUGUUUCUAUUUACAAUAGCAGUUGGGGCGUCAAAUAGACAAGUGCAGGAAAGAUUCCAGCAUUCAGGUGAAACUAUUAGUAGAUGUUUUAAAGAAGUGCUUAAAUCAUUACGUUUGUUUGCUGUGGAAGUCAUAAAACCAGUAGAUCCACAAUUUACGAGCACACCAAGAGAAAUUGCUAUGAAUCCAAGAUUUAUGCCACAUUUCAAGAAUUGUGUCGGUGCAAUUGAUGGAACACAUGUUCGUGCCUGCAUACCAUCUGCAAAUCAAAUUCCAUUUAUUGGACGAAAAGGUGUACCAACACAAAAUGUCAUGGCUGCUUGUAGUUUCGACAUGCAAUUCAUGUUCGUGUGGGCAGGAUGGGAAGGCAGUGCACACGAUACGCGUAUUUUUCUUGAGGCUAUUGACAGUAGCAAUAUCAAAUUUCCAAAACCUCCGGAAGGUUGUGAUUUUGACUAAAUUGAAGAUUUGGUA